AUGUCAAAGGGCAACGUCGAACACUUGUCUCUGUCGCAGACCGAAAGCAUCAACAAGACUCCCAGCAUCAUGGACGAGGACCUGGCCAAGCCACACUUGGGCGGCGAUGAUCUCGACAUCCAAGGCAUGGGCUACACCGUAGAGCUCCAAGACCGACCCUUCAACAUCCUCAACAUCUUCGCCAUCGGCUUCACCAUUUGCAACUCCGCCAUCGCCGUGAUUGCAUCUCUGGCGACGGGCAUCGGCAACGGAGGGCCCAUCACAUACAUCUGGGCCCAGAUCUUCAUCUAUGCCAUGUCGUUCUGUGUUGCAGUCAGUCUCGGCGAGCUGGCAUCGGCAAUGCCCAAUGCCGGCGGUCAAUAUUACUGGGCUAGCCAACUGGCGCCCAAGAAGAUUCAUGCCACCGUGUCCUACGUCGUCGGCAUGGUCAGUUGGGUGGCAUCGGUGUUCAUCUGCGCGUCCGUCACCUUGGUGAUCCCCCAAAUGGCCGCAGGAAUGAUGGUCCUGACAAAUCCAAACCUCGUCGUCAAGCCAUGGAUGGUGUGGAUCGGCUUCCAGGUCACCAACCUCUUCGUCUUCGGCUUCAACUGCUUCAGCCGCAUCCUGCCCGUGGCCAGCCAGUGCGUCCUAACCAUGUCGCUCUGUGCGAUCAUCAUCAUCUUCGUCUCCGUCCUCGCAUCCAGCCCCGACUAUCGAGGAGCCGAAUUUGUCUUUGCCACGUUCGUCAACAAGUCUGGCUGGAGCAGCCCGGCCAUCACCGUCUUCACCGGGGCUGUUGGUGUCAACUGGGGCUUUUCGUGCCUCGACGCAGUCACCCACUUGGCAGAGGAGAUUCCGAAUCCACGAAAGAACGUUCCGAAGGCACUUCUUGGCACAGUCAUCGUGGGCAUGAGCACCGCUUUCCCCAUCACGCUCGCCAUCCUCUUCUGCAUCCAGGACAUUGACGCCAUCAUCAGCACUCCGACGUUAGUGGCGUCGCUGGAGUUCUUCCGCCAAGCGAUGGGUAGCAACUCCGGCGCAAUUGGUCUCCAGUGUUUGGUGCUUGUUUCGACCUGCGGAUCCCUCUGGGGCUGUCACGCCUGGCAGUCUCGCCUCGCAUGGUCCUUUGCACGCGAUCACGGCCUCCCCUUCUCAAAGUACAUCGGCCACAUCGCCGGACCACCCUUCGGCGUCCCUCUCGCCGCGCACGCUUGGUCCUGUUUCUGGGUGGGCGUGCUAGGCUGCCUCUACCUCGGAUCGACAGUGGCAUUCAACUCCUUCGUCGGCGGAGCAAUCAUGAUGCAAUACAUGACCUACUCCACCUGCAUCAUCCUGCUGCUGUUGAAGGGGCGCAGCACGUUCCGACACGGGCCCUUCUGGUUCAAGAGGUUCGGACCGAUUGCGAAUUUCGUGACGAUCGGCUGGACCAUCUUCACCACCAUCUUCUACUCCUUCCCUCCGUAUCUGCCGGUGGAGCCCAACACUAUGAACUACGUCUCUGUAGUCAUCGUCGGCAUCUUUUUGAUUGUCGCAGCGUGGUAUAUGCUGGCGACUCGGAAGAUCUAUACGCCCCCGCCACGUUUGGAUGCUACGGACUACAUGCACGAGCCUCUCGCUCAACAGCUCGAUGGCUCGUGGGAGAGAAUGCAAUUGCGCAAGAGCGGUUUGCGCGCGCAACGUGUCGAUUUCCUCGUCCAGUCCGUCUCGCUGUUGGUUCCAGAAUUGAAACUGCGCAAUGACGCGGUGCACGAGAUCCCGGAUGAAUUUGCUGGCGAAGUGCUGCGUUCCUCCGAUGGCCUGGGGCAUGGCUAG